GAAUCACAUGACCCGCCCGAGGAAGAAUCGUCCCCUUCCACGGACACGCCUUGGGUGGAUGCGCGCAGCAUACCGACCGAGGUAUGGCUGAACAUCUUCGUUUUCCUUCCCACCAAUGUGAAACUGACUGUGAUCGCCCGAGUUUGCAGGCAGUGGUAUCUACUGACUCGAUCGCCACGCCUCUGGAGGAGCAUUGAGCUUGGCUGGCGGAUUCAACUGCCCGUUCUGAAGCGCCUCAUUUCUUAUGGCAUCCUUGACGAGCAUGUUGUCUCAGUGAGCCUGACUGGCACCCUAUUUGCCUCCCUGGACGUGGCUCUGCGGCUCAUCUGCCAGACCUGUCCUAACCUGCACUGUUUCCUGGUCGACCGUGGCCGUCUGGACAGCUUACACACCUGGAUGGCGCAUCUUCCCGCCUCACUGACGUGCCUAAGCAUCACUAAUGUGGCUAUCACGUGA